AUGACAGUACUUGACACAGUCACAAUCUCGACAUGCGGGUUGUCUUCACUUAUCCGUGAGGCUCCAGACACAACACUUAUCGUCGACUGUCGGGGAUUCACAGAAUACAAUGAAUCUCAUGUGCGACACUCAAUGAACGCCUUCUUUUCAAAACUUAUCAGAAGACGUCUAUUUGAAAACAAGCUUGACGACAACUGCCUAAUCCAUCAGUUGAUGAGCUGUUCGACUCCUUGCUUCAAAAUGGACGAGAAACUUGACUUGGUUCUGUAUGCUGAAGAAGACAAACCACGUGGAAACAAGAGAAGAAUCGCUUCUUGCAAUGCUCCAGAAUCCACAGCAAAGAUCAUGAGAGUUCUGAGAGAACGAUUGGAGGAUACUGACAAAUUCAGAAGUGUAAUGGUCUUAGAAGGUACGUUUUCCAUUCUGAAAUGCUCACUUGUGCUCAUUGGAGCAAGUUGCAACACUCGUCUUCAAUCCUUAAUGGCUGGUCAACCGUUCGAAGCGUUCCGUAAGAAUCGGAAAAGAAAGAAGACGAAGAACAAGAAGAAAAGAAGACAUAACAAUGCAUCAAAGGCUUCGAAACCUGUAGUUCCAACAGCUACUUCUCCAGAAGAACCGUCUGAAAUUGAAGAUGGUUCUCUCCCAUCGCUUCCAUCAUUCCCUCCCAAAAAAUUCGGUCUAAAACUCCAACUCACUCUAACCCAAACUUCUAAUAAUCCAUCUAGUCCAACUUCUGAUUCUCCAACUAAUGGCGGCUUCAAACAAUUUGCACAACAAUAUCCCCAAUUGUGCGAGAGUUCUGAAGGAAUGACUCGUCUGCCUCAAAGUCUCUCACAGCCAUGUUUAUCCCAACCAACUGGUGAUGGAAUCACUUUAAUCACACCAAAUAUUUAUCUCGGAAGCCAGAUGGACAGCCUUGAUGAGACUAUGUUAAAGGCUCUUGACAUCAGCGUUGUUAUCAAUUUGUCAAUGACAUGCCCGAAAUCAGUAUGCAUCAAAGAAGAGAAAAAUUUCAUGAGAAUUCCAGUGAAUGACUCAUAUCAAGAGAAACUUUCGCCGUAUUUCCCAAUGGCUUAUGAGUUCUUAGAAAGAUGUAGAAAAGCUGGAAAGAAAUGUCUGAUUCAUUGUCUCGCUGGAAUUUCAAGAAGCCCCACAUUAUGUAUCUCGUAUAUUAUGAGACAUAUGAAAAUGGGAAGUGACGAUGCUUACAGAUACGUCAAGGAACGUCGUCCAUCCAUCUCCCCGAACUUCAACUUCAUGGGACAACUCUUAGAAUACGAGAAUGUUUUGAUUAAGGAUCAUGUUCUUCGCCACGAUCAAGCAUCCAGACCACAUCGUCAUAUCGACUAUUACGGUUCAUCUGACCUGUGCCCUCCAAAAGUUCCAAAAAGUGCAUCAUCCCAUUGUGUAUUUCCUGGAUCAACAACAGAUGAUUCCAGUUCCUCUCCAUCCCCAUCGUCCCCUUCUGUGUCGGAAGGAUCUGUAGUCAGUGAACCAGAACAACCAACAACAUCCUCUGAUUCUCCAUCUACAUCUACAUCUUCAAGUGAACCAGAAACAUCUGUAACUGUUAAUCAAAAUGGAAAAAGAAAUAUGACAAUGGACAUGGGACUACCACAUCGUCCAAAAGCUCUCGGUCUUCCAUCAAGAAUCGGCACUUCUGUUGUGGAGCUGCCGUCUCCAUCAACAGAAUUAUCAAGACUGAGCUUUGAUGGUCCAGAAGCACUCAUUCCAUCUACUCCAAUUCUUAACUUCACCAAUCCAUGUUUCACUUCUCCAAUUGCUCCAGUUGCACCAAGUUCACGGGAGACUCUUCCAACACUUCCAAUUGCUGCAUCGUCAUCGUCUUCUUCAUCAGUUUCUUCUGAACCAUCUUUCGAAUUUUCAUCUUUUGAAUCAUCUUCCUCUUCUUCAAUUGUUGUUGAGAAUCCAUUUUUUGCAAGCACUGAGAUGGCCGGGUCCUCAUCUGGAUCCAUGUCAUCUGGAUCACAAUCAUCAUCUGCUUCUGCUGCAUCAAGAUGUAGAAUGAAGGGAUUCUUCAAAGUGUUCAGCAAAAAGGCUUCAACUACAGUUUCCACCCCUACAACAUCCUCCUCUUCCUCUGGAAUUUCCCGAGCAACUCGUCCCGAAUGUCUUCGAUCUUCUGGUAUUAUUAUAUCUGCACCAGUCCUUGCGACAACAGAAGAAGAAGAUGCUGAAUCACCAGAAUCUGGAUUCAAUGAACCAGAAGUUGGAGAUGAUGAAGAUUCAGUAUCAAUUUGUUCGACGAGUUCUCUGGAACUUCCGUGUCAGUAA